ACAUGCACAUUGAAAUUAUACAUCUUAAAAGCAAAACGAGGUUAUGGCUGUGUCCACCAUAUAAAUGAUUGAUUGUAUAUAUUUUGCAUAUUUAAGCCAAAGUUAGCAAUUAGUAUCAUAGAGAGUGAGAGAAAAAUAAUGGACACUACUUGGAUUCUGUUUGUGACACCAAUUUUGUUGUGCACUUUGAUCUUCUACUGCAGAAACAAGCUUAGUCUUAAGCUCAAAUCAAAACACAGAAAUCAGCUUCCACUAGGCACUCUUGGAUUGCCUUUUAUUGGUGAAACCAUAGAGUUUGUUUCUUGUGCUUAUACCGAUCGGCCUGAAAGCUUCAUGAACAAGCGACGCGCCAUGUAUGGUAAGGUGUUCAAGUCACACAUAUUUGGAAGCCCAACCAUUGUUUCAACAGAUGCAGAUGUGAACAAGUUCAUACUACAAAGUGAUGCAAAGCUUUUUGUUCCUUCUUAUCCUAAGUCAUUGAUGAAGUUAAUGGGAGAGUCUUCUAUUUUGCUCAUCAAUGGAACCUUACAAAGGAGAAUACAUGGACUUAUUGGAGCUUUCUUCAAGUCUCAGCAGUUAAAGAUUCAGAUUACUACAGAUAUGGAGAAAUAUGUUCAAGAAUCAAUGGCAAAUUGGAAAGAGGACCAGCCUAUAUACAUACAAGAUGAAACAAAAAAGAUUGCUUUUUAUGUACUAGUGAAGGCAUUGAUUAGUUUGGAUCCAGGUGAAGAAAUGGAACUUCUGAAAAAACAUUUUCAGGAAUUUAUAUCUGGCCUCAUGUCUUUGCCAAUAAACCUACCGGGAACAAAACUUUAUCAAUCUUUACAGGCAAAAAGGAAAAUGGCGAAAUUAGUGAGAAAAACUAUCGAAGCUAGAAGAAAUAAAGGCAUCACUGAAGUUCCAAAAGAUGUAGUAGAUGUGCUUCUCAAUGAUACAAGUGAAAGAUUGACAGAUGAUUUAAUAGCGGAUAAUAUUAUCGAUAUGAUGAUUCCUGGAGAGGACUCAGUUCCAGUUCUUAUGACUCUGGCUACUAAGUACCUUUCAGAAUGCCCUGCUGCUUUGCAACAAUUGACGGAGGAAAAUAUACAGCUCAAGAAACUCAAAGAUCAGCUUGAGGAGCCAUUGUGUUGGAGUGAUUACUUAUCAUUGCCAUUUACUCAAAGAGUUAUAACAGAAACUUUGAGAAUGGGGAAUAUUAUAAAUGGUGUUAUGAGAAAGGCCUUAAAAGAUGUUGAAAUAAAAGGGUAUUUAAUACCACAAGGGUGGUGUGUGUUUGCAAAUUUUAGAUCAGUUCAUCUAGAUGAGAAAAACUAUGACUGUCCUUAUCAAUUCAAUCCAUGGAGGUGGCAAAAUAAAGAGAUGAACAGUUACAAUUUCAGUCCUUUUGGAGGGGGACAAAGGCUGUGUCCUGGUAUUGAUUUGGCUAGGCUAGAAGCUUCCAUAUUUCUACAUCACCUUGUUACUCAAUUCAGGUGGUAUGCUGAAGACGAUACAAUAGUGAACUUCCCAACAGUAAGAAUGAAAAGAAGGAUGCCCAUCGUAGUAAAAAGAGUGGAAAUUUAAGCUGUCUUAGCUCACAAAAGUUUGAAGCCACUUCUACAUACUGAUACAAUACAACAAAGUAUAUGAAAAAUACACACGUGUGGGGAGUUUCAUUAGGUUCUUUGUUUUGUUCCCUUGUAUUUGUCUUUGCACAUAAAGACAAUAGAAAGUUUUGUCUUUUGAGGGACCCAAAGAAUUAGGUUUUUACUUUUCACAAUUUUUACUUAGUAUGCAAGGGAAGAAAAAGUUGAUUGUAAGAUAAAAACACUUUAGAUUAUCUUC